UGUGAGAUAUCGUAUGUGGCCAUCAGGUUAAGGCGGUAAUGUUGUCUUGUGGUAACGUCAAAAUAAAUGGCAGAAGUUGUUAUGCCUGGGAGACGGGCAUACUGGUCUAAAUACGCUCUGGACUCCAGUGAAGAAUCAGAGUCAGCUUUUGUCCCAGGAGUGUCAGCACCAGGGAACAGGCGUCCAUUGAAAAUGCUGGGGAGGAAAACUCCAGAGAUAAAAGUACGGAUUCCUGUUAAACAACCACUCGUAGAACAGCUUGCUGUGUCCCUUGAUACUGUCACAGACAUCAGCUUUGAUGAAACUGUAAGCAAGAAACAAAAACCAUCCCAUGUUAGAACUACAGCAGGGGUCAAGGCCACUCAGGGAGUGAGUGUUAAGGACACACAAAGAAUGAGGUCUGGUAACCAUGACAACAGACAGAAACCUGUAUCCCUGAAGGACCUACCACUGGAGGAAAAGAAGAGGAUUGCAAAUCUCAUCAAAGAGUUAGCAAGAGUUGGUGAUGAGAAGGAAAAAGCUGUUGGCCAACUUCAUACCGAAAGAAAUCAAUUUGAGAAACAGGUUCUUCAACUUGUGGAUCAACAAGAGAAAAUCCUAAAUGAAAGAGAAGUCAUACAAAGCCAGCUGUUUCAGUGUCAGGACCUGUUGGCUAAGUAUCAGGAAAAGAUAGAACAGAAACAGCAGGAGGUCGUCGACCUAAUAACUACGCCCACAAAGAGUCAGCACGAAAGACGGCCCAGGUCAGGGUCAAGGUCACCAGAAUCUUCCAUUCCUUACACAUCUCAUUGCCAUGGUGGCCAUGGCGACCUACGAUCAUUACAUGACAAGCUGUACACCACCUUCAUAGACAAAGCCAUAGCUCACCAGAGGUCAGGGGUCGAUGAGGAUGGACUCAGCUCCAUUGGCGGUCAGUCUGAGAUAGGGUCAGUUAAAGGCCAAACUCAACCUCGGAGUCAUCACUCUAACCCGGUGCCUCUGGCCCUUCGGAACCCAGUCAUGUCUAGUACACAGAAAAGUGCCGACAUAAAAGUGUUCAACUCUGAAGAGGGCAGUUUCCAUUCAUUGCAACCUGACCCAAGCCCCAGGUCAUCACGCAUAUCUAACGAAUUUUUACCAGCCAAUGAGAAUAAAGACUUAUUUCAAAAAUCAAAAGUAGGGUUCAAAGAGAAAUUGGAGGAGGACUUUGAUAAAAUGCAUUCCCCAAAUUCAAAUCCAUCAGGUGUGUUUGGAGAUAAAACCUAUAUGAGUUAUUACAAGAAGCUGUCUCAGACGGACAGGAAGCGCGAGUUACUUCGGCAACGGGAGAAAUUACUGGAUGAGCAACGACGAUUAAAAAACGUUCUUAUGUCACAGGAAACUCAAAUAAAAACAAGACAGAACUUGAUCGAGCAACAGCAGGACCUACAACAAGAUCGUAUGGAGUUCUUUGAAAAAAACGGCAAAUUCCCCCUUGGUAGGGUAACUGUAGCCCCCGAGGGUGGAAACCCUUUGCCAAACAUAUCCCCCAAAGAAAACGUUCCUCCACCCCCUGUGUCAAUGCCCCUCCCCCAGGGAGAUGAUGACGGAAGUCUGUUUAAUUACGGGGUCAAAAAAUUAGAUUUUGACAUUGAAGGCGAGGACGCUGGAGAGGAGUCUACGAAAACUCCGCCAAAAUCUAAACAACGAAAUCAGCAUUCCAUGGCCACCUCUCCAUUCAGGAUGGUCUCACCACGAGGGAGAGCCACAAGCAGUCCUGGAGUAGAUGUAGCUACCAGUGUUUCUCACAUAAACCUCAGUCCUCAUACCCAGAGACAUAACGAGUCUGUAGAGGACCUCUUACUAGGCCAGCGAGACAGCUUACCUCACAGUCCUGAUAACAGGUGUAGCCCUGGUCGACAGGGAUAUCAGAAUAAUCUGCCCUUGCAGUCCAACAGAGGGCGCUCAAAUCAAACACCAGUCAGCAAACCAUCAGCAGGGAACAAGACUUUAUCUGUGAUAGAGAUAUUGAACACUAUGGAGCAGAGUCCAUCCUGGUCAGGGAGUGUGCGCAGUACCAGGAACAGUCCAGGCUGGUCAGGGGGUGUGCACAGCAAUAAGGACAGCCAACGACAGUUAGGGGGACUACGUGUUCACAAGAACAGCCCAGCUCGUGGGUACAUAACCACUCAGAAACCAGAAGCUCUGUAUGACUUUGAGGAAGCUGAGGAGGAGGAAAGUCAGAUUCUAGAGGAUGUUUUCUUUCUGAAAUGACAAACUUUACAUAUAUAACUUUUCCUCAAAAUUAUCAAAAGUAGAUCGCUUUCUUUCUUCAGCAUUUGAGACAGGGAUUAACACCAUCUCUGAUGUAAGAACAGAUAAAUUAUAAAGGGUUAUCUCCCCUAGACUUUAUAAGAACAACUGGAUGGCUAUAGCUAUCUCCCCUUUGUAUUAAGGUCUCGGAUGAAGCAGUCUUAAGAUUUAUCUCCCCUUUUGCCAAACAUCUCUGAUGAAAGUGAUUCUGUGUAUAAAGGAAGUCAGAAGGUUUAUUGUGCAUGGAGUAGGCGUCGGUGAUGACAUGCAUUCUUUAUAAUGAAACUCUGAUACUAGAAUAUCAGAAAGUGCUGUACAUGAACAUUUCAGUUGCUAUUAAUACUGAAUACAAAUUAUCUGUUCACUGGAUAUUGGCUAUAGGGCUAAUUGGAUAUACUGCAAUGAUAUAACUUUGAUGACCUUUCAGUCAGACACUGAUACAAUUAUAAAUAAAAAAAAAAUACAAAUAUAUAUAUGUUGAUGAUACCACACAAUUGUGCCUGACUUUUUUAAGUUAAGCAGUAGAAGUAAGUGACAGUGCAAGGUAAGAACCACCAACAUACUAUACAAAUAAUGACAGUGCAAGGUAAGGGCCAUCGAUUGCAACACACUUUACAAAUAAUAAUUUUGAAAGGUAAGGUCCACCAACAUACUUAACAAAUAAUGACUGCAAGGUAAGACCCACCAACAUACUUUACAAAUAAUGAUAAUGCAAGGUAAGAGCCACCAGCACACAUUAAAAAUAAUGACAGUGGAAAGAUAAGAGCUACCAAUACACAUAAAACAUAAUGACAGUGCAAGGUAACACCCAAAAAAUUAAGAUGAUUGCAGUACCUUCCAAAGUUCACAAAAAAUAGCCGUAAUAGACACUUUCUUUUGUAAAUUGGUAAAUUUUGGUAAAGGGAUGUGACUCAGACCAGAAAAGCAAAGGGGCACAUACCUGGUAUAAAAGAUGGGCACAAAUUAGGUCAAAACACUGUGAAAUACUAUUCUUUUUGUUCAUAACUAACAAUUGUACAUGUGUAUUACUAUGUGGUUCGUAACUAGCACUGUCAGCUUCAUACAUUACUGAUUCAAAUGUAUUUGUAGUAGUUUAUUAUACUGGAAAAGAAAGUGUUCUGACUGAUGAAUAUAUAACACUAGUUAAUGUAACAUUACAUGAAAAUAAAAUAAAAUCAGAAAUAAAUUAUAAUCAUCAGUUAUGUAUAAUCUUAGUUUUUUGGAGAUAUAGUCAUAUUAGAUAUAAUUACUGAAAUGUAUGCUCGACGUGAAAUGGACUUUCCUUGUUCAACAUAUUUUUAAAAAAAAUCAGGGAAAAAGGUGUUGUUAGGCUAUUUAUUUCAUUCAGGGUGAGGUUGUAGAUUCACACAGAUAUUACCUGGUAUACCCCAUUCCUUAACUCAUUCACCCCUACAUAUUUAAACUGGACUUGCCCAGCCUUUGAUUUGGUAAGGUUUACAUUUGACUGUAGGGGUGAAUCGGUUAAAGACUACCCUGGGGUUAAUGGAGGUACAUGAAGAGAUGUAUUAUAUAAUGUUAUUGUUACUACUGGUAUUAUCAUCAUUAAUAAAAUGAGGGUAUAUCCCAAAG